AUGAACAAAUUAGUAGAAAAAAGGAUAGAUGACAAUUUACAAAGAGCAUGUAGAAUCUUAAGAGAUCAGGCUGAUGCAAUGAAACAGAGGAUGAUCGAAUGUGAGGAAAAGGUUGCCUUUGCUGACAAGGACCAACAAAAUAAAAAAAUUUCUUUCGAAAUCAAAUAUGUCGAGCCAGAUUUGAAAAAUAUCGACGCAAGUAAACUUAUUGGGGAUAUAAUUAUAACUGAAAAUGUCACUACUAUUGUCAGUGGAGCUGCCAGCUCAGAAAUAUCUGACAGAACAGAGAUUGGAAGGAGAAAAUUUUUUGAACUGAAGAACAGCAAGGACUGCAAGUUUCUAUAUGCCUGUGCUGAUGUAACUGAAAUGAAGUCAGAUGUUUUGCUUGUCUUUGUGGAUAGGGUCACUAAGACCAAUCCAAUCCUUGACCACAUCCUAAAGAAUGCUGGUGAACAAGUUAGAAGAGAGUUCUCACAGUCAGUUCUUUUCAGUUUUCCAUAUUUUGAAUCAAGCAUGCAUACAAAAGCUGGCAGCCUACCGGCACAAAGAAUCUAUUACAUAGUAACUGAUUCAGGCAUUUCUCGGCAAAGUGAACAUGAAUUAUACGAUUACAUCAUCAAAAAAUUGGAGAACAUUUUCAAAGAUUAUAAAUGGAGUGGCUCGAAAUUAACCUCCUUAACUGUCUCACUUGAUUACGGAAAGCACUUGCAAUGUGAUGGUAUGAAAUUCGCCAGCGUCCUUAACAAUGCCAUUAUAAACCAUUUGAUAGAUUUGAAUUGUGAAGGGUUUAAUGUUAAUUUCCUCACUGAUUGUAAAAGCUUCGUUGAUUUGAUGGCUCCCAAAAUGCAAAGUCUGAUAAAUAUGGAUAAUGAGCGAGAAAUAAAGUUUCGCAGUGGCACUUGCCUUCAACUUUCUAGUAAAAAUUUAUUUGAUUUGAAAGCGGAUGCACUCGUGGUGAUCGCCGACCACGAAUUUCACCUUUUUACAGAUUUAGGAUUGAAGGUGAAAAAAAUUGCUGGAACCGACUUUGAAAAUGAAAUUGUAGAUAAGUUGAAGAACUUGGGCCGGCGAACUGUUUUGAUAAAUUUUUUACGAUCAGAUAUCAUUUUUGGACUUAUAAUUGAAUUUUCUUUUAUUAUCAAGUCUUUAAAAAGUUUCAUGAAAGAAACCUUCGACAUAGUUAGAGAAAAAAAUUUAGAAAGUCUUGCAAUGCCCUUACUGGGAACAGGAGGUUUCGGCCUGCUUGUGCAUCAAUGCUUGGAGAUUUUGUGUGAGAAUUUUUCGGAAAAUAACUUCGGUAGAGUGUUCAUCUCAAUACCGAUCGAAUAUAAAGAACAUACGACGAUUAAGAAAUGCGAGAAUUAUUUAUUGAGAGCUGAUGCGUACUUGAAAAUGAAAAAAUUGAAGUGGUCUGUGGAGAGAGCAAGCUCACUUGGUUAA